AUGCUAUCCUUAUGCCGACAAUUCUCAUCCUCGCUUGCGUUCCGACAAACGCCUGCAGCAGCCUGCCUUUCUACUUCGGCUGCACAAUCGCAAGAGGUUGUGGAAGUGCUGAAACUCAACAUGCUCAAGGAUAAUCCAGGAGCUGUCAAGAAGAAACGACGAAUUGGCCGUGGUAUCGGUUCUAGUAAAGGCAAGACGGCUGGCAGAGGACACAAGGGUCAAAAGGCACGAGCGGGUGGUUCCAUUUCCAUUGGAUUUGAGGGUGGUCAAACCAAGUUUUACAAAUUGUUGCCCAAGCGAGGCUUUACCAACAAGCGACACAAGACUGACAUGCUGGCCAUCAAUCUCGGCACCAUUCAAGAUUAUGUGGACAUGGGACGAUUGACGCCCACUGGCGGUGGUGGUGUGGAUGGUGGUGAUGGUGACAAUAACAAAAUAGUUACAUUGAAGGAUCUUUGCGAUGCGGGCAUUUGCACCCAUUCCUCCAUCAAACAUGGAGUCAAAUUGCUGGCCAAGGGCAAAGAACGAUUGAAGACUCCUCUCCAAUUGGAGGUUUCCCGGGCAAGUACUCAUGCCAUUGAAGCCAUGGAAGCCAUUGGUGGAGAAGUCACGACGGUGCACUACAAUCGAUUGGCGUUGAGGGCUCUGUUAAAACCAAACAAGUUUAUUAUACUGCCCAAGUUUGCCCGACCACCUCCCAAAUGGCAACCCUACUACACCAACUGGGAUGCAAAUCGUGGUUAUCUAAGUGUCCAAGCGCAAAUGAGGAGUUUGCUAAAGGAACGACCGGAACUGGAAGAGGCUUUUGCCAAGGCGUUGGAGGAACGGCGGUCCAACUUGGCAACUAGUGGUACUGCUAGUAGUAGCAAGGACGACUAA